AUUAAAAUAGGUGCAUGUACAGUAGUAGGGUGCAGUCGUACUAGUAGUACUAUUAAUAUAUAUAGUACCAUCACCAGUCCGAAAAAGAGCAGUCUGACUAUUAAAUCUUUCCAAUUGUCGAAGGAGUUUGUGUUUAGGCGGGCUUUCAUUGCGCCUCCGACUGGACACUUCAAAGAUUUAUCAAUCAAGACGCUCGCAUGUUUAGUCGCGCGCUUUUCAACUCUCAACUCUCAACCGACCCCUGUCACCAUUCUCCAUGCCACCACCAUGACCUGCACUCAUCGGCACAAUGGCAAAGCCGCAAAGAGAAGAACACGGCAGCAACACGUGAAAGUUGAAACCACCCAAACAGGGUAACAAACGGUGCAAGUAACCAUGGUUGGUGUCAUUUGCCGUAGACGGUCAUCUGGAACACUCGGGUCUCAUGGGGCUGUAAUUCAUUGGCAACCAACUUCGGGACAUGGUGCCAGUAGCAGUUCUAGUAGCAGCGACGAUGUUUGCAAACCCCAAUUGACUUCGAUGGAAACUGGCUCAUUGGAUGGGGACAUUAGUAUUCUUCACGAAGAGUUCCCCACUUUGUCCGAACAGGAUUGCGCUCGGUUCCGGGAAUACACUUUGGAGAAUGGUGGCACUGAGGACAUUCUCAUCGAAAAACUGAAAAAUUAUGUUCAAUUCCGAAAAAUGUAUCAUCUGGAUUCCCAGGAAAGCUUUGGUGUCAACUGCAGUGAUGAAGAAGAUUGGGAAUGGGCCUCAAAUGUUGCCAUUCAUGCAGCAAGAACGUGCAAAGAAGAUUUGAUUCCUGGAUUGGUGGGGUUGGCAAAGUUCGAGGACAGGCUGUGCAACUUGGAUAAACUUCCUCGUAUGUGUUUUAUGCACAAAAAUAAAGAUGGCUCUCAUGCAGCUUGCAAGGAUGGACUGCCCUUCAUUCAAUACUUGGCUGCUCGCCUGGACUUGAAGAACGCCUCUGGAGAUGUUUAUGCUCUCGCCAUGACUUUGUAUUUGGAACGAAAAAGUCGCAAGGUAGACCUUGAUGGCACGGGUAAAGGCAUGGUGCUCAUGAUCGACUCACGCAGAGGCGCAGGAUGGCCAAACCAUUUGAUCUUCGCUAUUGUCUCUUACCUGAAAAUUCUCACAAGCGCCUUCGUGCAGGUGCACCCAGGUCGCAGUGCAAAAUUCAUCAUCUACCCUGUGCCAUAUGCUCUUUCUUAUGUUGUCAAAGUGUUCAAAAGAUGGUUACCGCCAGCCUUUGCAGAGAAUGUUAUCCUCCUGAACGGUUCUGACGGAAUCAAAGAUCCUGCUCCAAAAAAGCUGGUCAAGUAUGUGGAUGAAGACAUUUUGGAAAAGAUGGAGGAGACCAGAUUUUUAAACUACAACAAAUAG